CGGAGGAAGUUGCACCAUAGAGGCGGUGCUCUACUCCGGUCAGUGGAUCUACCCCCAGAGCCACACGACACACACAGACACAUACAUAAUAAGUCGCAUCGGAACCUCCCGCUUCAACCUUCGGAGACAAGGAGAAGCAUCACUCGCCAUUCAAGAGAGUCGUUUUAUCUUCGCUUCACUUCUUUUCUGACGUAGCAGCCUGCAACCAUGAAGGGAAUGAUCCUCCAGCUCAGCCGCAACCUGAGCCGCGCUGCCCCUGCACUUAGUCGCGGCGUCCACUCUGGCACGCGUCCCGCCUCCACUGCCGCCUCCAAAAUGAAGUCAGACCGUCACCUCACCUCGGAGGAAAUCUACGCCCGUGAGAACAAGUAUGGAGCGCACAACUACCACCCCUUGCCUGUGGCCUUAGAGAGGGGGGAGGGCAUCUAUGUGUGGGAUGUUGAUGGUAACCGCUAUUAUGACUUCCUGAGUGCCUACAGCGCAGUAAACCAGGGCCACUGCCACCCAAAGAUCAUCGCGGCGCUCAACGCCCAGGCCUCCAAACUCGCCCUGACCUCCAGAGCAUUCUACAACAACGUGCUGGGAGCCUAUGAGGAGUACAUCACACGCCUAUUUGGCUAUGACAAAGUCUUACCCAUGAAUACAGGUGUUGAAGGUUGUGAGACGGCCUGCAAGCUGGCCCGCAAGUGGGCUUACACUGUGAAGGGGGUUCCCAAGAACCAGGCCAAAAUCAUUUUUGCAGAUGGAAACUUCUGGGGCCGCACCAUGGCAGCCAUCUCCAGCUCGACCGACCCCAGUAGUUAUGAAGGUUUCGGCCCCUUCAUGCCGGGCUUUGAGCUCAUCCCAUACAACGACAUCCCUGCACUCGAGAAAGUUCUCCAAGACCCAAAUAUUGCUGCUUUCAUGGUGGAGCCCAUCCAGGGCGAGGCUGGGGUGGUGGUGCCAGACCAGGGCUACCUCACCAAAGUCAGAGAACUUUGCACCAAACACAACGUGUUGUGGAUUGCUGACGAGGUGCAGACCGGCUUGGCGAGAACCGGCCGGCGCCUGGCUGUGGACCACGAGGAAGUCCGUCCUGAUAUCGUGGUUCUGGGCAAAGCUCUUUCUGGAGGAGUUUACCCUGUAUCUGCUGUGCUGUGCGACGAUGAGAUAAUGCUGACCAUCAAGCCUGGAGAGCACGGGUCCACAUAUGGCGGUAACCCCGUGGCCUGUCAGGUCGCGAUCGCUUCACUUAAGGUGCUGGAGGAGGAGAAGCUGGCAGAGAACGCUCAAAGUAUGGGAGAGCUGCUGCGGAACGAGCUGACAAAACUGCCCAAAGACAUCGUGACAACAGUCAGAGGGAAAGGCCUCCUCAACGCAGUCGUCAUCAAAGAGACCAAAGACUACAACGCCUGGAAGGUGUGCUUACGCCUCCGCGACAACGGACUGCUGGCUAAGCCCACCCACGGCGACAUCAUCCGCCUGGCGCCUCCCCUCAUCAUCAAAGAGGACGAGCUGCGCGAAUGCAUCGACAUCCUCCAGAGAACCAUCCUGUCCUUCUAAACUCCAAACCACCUAUUCGACAAAUACACAGACAACCUUCAAGCUGAUAAUCAAAAAAAGUUAACAUUUAAUAGUAGUUUGUAUUUGCAUCUCAAAGAUAGGGGUUCUUUGAAGGGUAUUACUGUAGAAAUACAGUAUGCAGAGACUGUGUGGAGCUUCUAAAGGGGCUACACUCACACUUUUGUACAGAGAGACUACUGUGAAGGAAGACGGUUAGAUGGCAACACGGGCUGACAAGUGUUUUAUUUUAAUUGUUCAAUGGUUAAUUCAUUAUUAUAUAAUUUUGCGUUGGUAACGAGUGAUGUAAAUAAUCAAUGUGCUUGUCCAGGAUGAAACCUUUUAAUUUUUAAAGGAUAUGUGGUGUUACCAGUGACACAUGCAGUCUAACGUUACAAAGACCUCCUUAGAGGCAGAGUGUUGUGCAGGACUUUAUGCUACAAAAUAUACUGAGUUUAAAUCUUGUCUGCAGUGCUCAAUAUGACAAACAUAGUUUAUUAGUCUAAUAUACAUUUCUACUAAACUACUUGCUGUCUGCAAACAUAAACCUUGUAAAUCAGUGUUGUUACAUACAGUAGAGGGCCAGCUAGUCUGGGUAUUUUUAAAGAGCACAUGUUUAAAAAGCCUUGGAUUGUAUAUGGGAUUUUCAGAUUCCAGUUCUUGUUUGAAUUUUAGUGUAGUUAUGAUAUUUUUCCCCACCGAAACCUUUAAAUUACCAAUACAAAUCUGACCAGUAUCAGUAAGUUUUUGGCAUUGAACUUUCCGAUGAAUGUUUUAUCUGUUACAAAACAAUGUAAAAAGGCAUUAUCACCUUUAAAUUGUUACAUAAUCUAUUGAUCUUCAAAUAAAUUAUUGCCGUCUCA